AUGCCCGAAUCAGUGUUGAAUAGAAGGUUCGUUGCCAUAGCGUGUGAUGAGGAUCACAUGGCCGGCACUUCGCACUCAGAAUCCUCCGAUUACCACGUGGAGACUCCCAAAAGGGUUAGAUCCAUUCUAAAAACCAUUAGGGAGUCCGAAAUUGUGAUUGAUUCUGGGCCUGGCUGUUGUUUAUGGGAUCUUUUACAGCCUGUCGAUUGCACUGAGGCUUCCACCAGUAGUUUGUUACUUUGUCACACCAAAAACUACUUGAAUCAAAUCUCCUAUUGGACUAAACAGCUGGUUCGACUCACAUCACGCAGAACCCAGUCACAUAAUCAUGAACGAACUCUCUUCAUGUAUCCUCUGGACAUUGAAACCUACAUGACUCCGAAGUCUGAAACUGUGGCAAAGUUGGCUGUCGGAGGUCUUUUGGAACUUUGUAACAUAAUUAUGAGGUCAACGGGCCACGUAAGCGGCCCCCGCUCCCUCAAAAUUUUAUUCUCUAAAGAAUCUAUUAACCACGUGCUAGUUAAACAAGAAUCAGGUGAAAAUGUGUCAUCUAAAAAUGAAACAUCUAAGUCUGAGAGUCACUCUGGGUCAACUCAGAAGGGCUUUGCCAUCGUGAGGCCUCCGGGCCAUCACGCCACGCCCGAUAAGAUGAUGGGAUUUUGCAUAUUUAACAACGUGGCCAUAGCGGCGAGGCAUCUGCAACGCAAACACGGCUUGAGGCGAGUGGCCAUCGUCGACUGGGAUGUGCACCACGGCAACGGCACGCAGGACAUUUUUUACGACGACGACAGCGUCUGUUUCAUUUCUCUACACAGAUAUGGCACCGAAGAGGAGUCUUUUUACCCGUACACAGGCUAUUGCGAUGAGAUAGGCGUGGGAAAAGGGUGUAAAUAUAAUGUAAACAUUCCACUCGAGAAGGGGUUCACCAACUCGGAUCUGGUUCACUGUUUCAACAGGGUCGUUGUCCCAGUUUUGCAGCGUUUCAAGCCUGAGUUCAUUAUAGUUUCAGCCGGAUUUGACGCAGCAAAGGACGAUCUGUUAGGAGGGUGCAAUUUGGACAAGGAGGGCUAUUCCUGGGCCACAGCACAGCUGUGUGAACUAGCAGAAAAGCACUGCAAGGGGAGGCUGCUGUUGUCCCUGGAGGGAGGAUACACCCUCCACAGACUUUCCGAAGACGUUGAGGCAGUGAUAAAGACCCUCGUCACGUACGAAUACCGAUUCGGUAACCAGCAGCAGUACGUAAUCGAGUGCACGGAUGAUCACGUGUUCGACAGCACAGUGUCAGUGUGUAACAAGCUGCGUAAGCUGCUCGACCUGGACGACAUAGCUGACGAGUUGAAGGAACUGAAAAUUACGGAUCAGUCCAACGCUAAGCAGCUAACAUUGAAAUCAGAAGUCCCGGAUAAAGAAGAGCCCGCACAGCCGAAAUUCUACAAGUACCCAUAUGAGGUGGAUAAAAACAAGUUCGUCAUAGCAGGGGGGCACCAGAACCAGUGGAUACUGCCACUGAACGGCGACAGAAAACAGGUAAUUAAGCUGUGUUCGAAGAAGGAAAUUGAUUUUUUCAACUGGAUCUACAAGCAAAACGGGCAUUCCCUGGAGAUUUAUAAUCAACCAGUUGACGAAGACAAGUUACAAUUUGGCAACGGGCCAGAGAGCAUAAUUAGGACUGGGAUAAGGCUGACCAACCCUACGAAGGAAUACGGCAGCACCGGCAAGAACACAGCGAUUAACACUGGGACGACUACUCCGAAUCACAACACGACUUUAAUGCCGAACGGUACCAAAAGCCUUGAGGCCUUGAACCAUAACCUCAAGAAGGUUGCCGCCCUAAAUUCCGAGGACAAUUCUGGCACUACGAGCAAUGAGAAGGGGUGGAAGUACUCGCUCAAACUCAUCAAGCACAUGCCCGAGUGCUCGGCGCUAUUCGAGCCCUACGUGUUCGAGAACUGGCAGCUCGGGAAAAAGUGCGCAAUCAGGGUAAAAAACGCACUCUACGGGAUGAAGGUGCCCUGCGUCAUGGACCUCAAGAUGGGAACGAGGCUGUACGGCGACGACUGCACCGACCCGUGCGAAAGGACCAUGAAGGAAAUCAAGGCGAGCAGCAGGUCCUGCAAGACGCACGGAUUCCACAUCUCGGGCAUCUUCAAGUGGGACACCGUCGCGAAAACGGGCGAGUACGUCCCUCAGCAGGUGGUGUACAACGCGCGGUCUGACCAGGAGCUGCUCGAGAUGUUCGAGCUGUACUUCUCGGCUGCGCAGAACGAAGACCAGAGGAGGUCGAUCGUCGCCGAGUUCACGGAGAAGGUGGAGAACCUGAAGGUAAUCUUCGAGAACCAGACGAAUUUGGCGCUCUACGGAUCAAGUUUGCUCUUCGUGUUCGACGCCACCGCCAAGUCCCACAGGGACAACGUGUUUAUCAUCGACUUAUCGCACGUAUCAUACAACGUGGGUUCCCUUGAUCGAGGAUAUUUGCUUGGACUAACUUCCAUUGCGAGACUGUUCAGGUUAACUCAAAACUAG